UCCUGUACUCCCUCACUACAUGAGUUCCCCACAGACCUGUUCACCAACAAGGAGCGCACAGAGGGAGCGGUGGCCUUACAUGUCCUAUUUGCAAUGUACAUGUUCUAUGCGCUGGCCCUAGUGUGUGAUGACUACUUUGUUCCGUCUCUGGAGAAGAUAUGCGAGCGUCUUCAUCUGAGUGAGGAUGUGGCAGGUGCAACCUUCAUGGCGGCCGGCAGCUCAGCUCCUGAACUCUUCACCUCUGUCAUCGGUGUGUUUAUCACUAAAGGGGAUGUGGGGGUGGGCACGAUUGUGGGCUCCGCCGUCUUCAAUAUCCUCUGCAUUAUCGGAGUGUGUGGAAUAUUUGCUGGCCAGGCGGUGCAUCUGUCUCGAUGGUCUCUUCUGAGAGACUCCGUGUAUUACACCCUGUCCAUCGCUGCUCUCAUAGUGUUCAUAUAUGAUGAAAAGGUUUCGUGGUGGGAGUCUCUGACACUGGUUCUGAUGUAUUUCGGCUACAUUUUGAUAAUGAAGUUUAACUCAAACAUUGUGCGUUUCCUGGAGAGGCGGAAGAAGAACUCGUCCAGCCUGGGGAAUGGCACAGCCAGUAACGCCGACCUGGAUGACAACUGUGAUGCCACCGCUGUCCUGCUGAAGAAAGCUAACUUACACAGAAAGCAGUCAGUGUUGAUGGUAGAUGAGUUGCUGUCAGCCUACCCCCACCAGCUGUCCUUCUCUGAUGCCGGCAUGAGGAUCAUGAUCACCAGCCACUUCUCCCCUCGCACACGCCUCACCAUGGCCUCACGCAUGCUCAUCACUGAGAGACAGCGUCUGAUUAGCACCCGGCCGUUCACGAACGGAGACUCGGAGGUCACGGUGAAAGUCGGCGGUAGGCGGGGCCUGGAGAAUGGACUGGGCGGGCCCGAAAGGGGCGUCAAUGGUCACCGUGGUCACCAUGGAGAGGACGACAGGGGAGGGGUGGAGUCUGGCAAUGAGACGGAAAACGAGAAUGAAGACAAUGAGAAUAAUGAGAAUGACGAGGAAGAGGAGGAGGAGGAAGAAGGGGAGGGACCUUUCGUGCCCUUUCACGCCCCAGCUGGGUGCUGUAAUAAGAUCAAGUGGCUGUUAGCCUGGCCUCUUUGCCUGCUGUUGUUCUUCACGGUGCCUAACUGUGCCAACCCUCGCUGGGAGAGAUGGUUCAUGGUCUCCUUCGUCAACUCCACCCUCUGGAUUGCUGGCUUUUCCUAUGUCAUGGUCUGGAUGGUGACAGUGAUCGGGUUUACUCUGGGUAUCCCUGAUGUUAUCAUGGGCAUCACCUUCCUGGCAGCUGGCACCAGUGUCCCUGAUUGCAUGGCCAGUCUUAUAGUGGCACGGCAAGGUCUCGGGGACAUGGCUGUGUCUAACUCUAUAGGCAGUAAUGUGUUUGAUAUCCUCAUUGGACUGGGACUACCCUGGGCCCUGCAGACCCUGGCCAUCAACUACGGCUCCUACAUUCAACUGAACAGCAAAGGGCUCAUCUUCUCUGUGGGACUUCUGUUGGGGUCUGUGUUCCUCACGGUCCUGGGGGUACAUCUGAACGGGUGGAAACUGGACCGUCGUCUGGGCCUGCUGUGUCUGUUCAUGUACUCCAUCUUUCUCUGCUUCUCCAUCCUCAUAGAGUACAACAUCUUCACUUUCGUCAACCUGCCCACCUGCAGAGACCGCUGA